AUGAAUACUAAUAAAGUUAAAAGUCUCAAAUAUAGAAAGACACUUAAGAAAAGUAUUGCCAAGCCUAAGGGGAACCAGCUCAUGAAAAUUACCAUGACAAAGGAUGGUAAAAACGAGGAAUUCUACUUUGGCUAAGAUGAAGUUGAACAUGUAGCGAAGGAAAUUGGAUUUGACAUGGAUCUCGAUAAACCUAAAUAUUGGUGGUUUUUCAAACAACUGUUACUUAUGAAUCUUCCAUGUGGCUGGGAAAGAGAGACUGAUAUAGAUGGCUACACAUAAUAUAAUAACGUAGAAGAGAAUUACUAGACGCGAGAACAUCCAGCUAGGUUUUAUUUUAGGAAGCUAUUUCUUAGAAUACUGACUUUAGAAUAAGAGUUAAAUCAUUAAGUUACUUAAGAGGACAUUGCAAUGGAUGAGACAUAUAUAAAAAUACUCAAGGCAGUAUACGGAGCUCUUUCUAUUGAUUUUUACACAAGGAAUCUCAAAAAGAAGGAUAAACCUAAAUAAGUUAUGUCUGAGAGUUUGUUAGGCACUAACUCAAGAUCUAAGAAUCGCUUUUAAUUUAUGUUGAAUAGAGUGAAAUUGGAGAGAUAAAAUCUCCCAGAAUAAAAAACCGAACUUGAGAAGUAAGAACUUGAUUAAAAAAUUCAAAUUAUACAAGAAUUAGAGAAGGAAUCUUUGCUAUAUUAUUAAAACAACUUCGGCGAUUUCUUAAAGACAAAAGAGGUCAUUGAAUCGUUUGUCUUUAAGCAAUUAGAUAUGUUCUAAAUCCUUAGCAUGGCAGAAAUUUAUGGAAUUGACAUUUUGAAUGAGUCGUAUUUGCUUUGGCUUCCACAGUAUAUGAUGUGUCUUCCACUACCACCAAAUUGGGUAAGAAGAUAUGAUAUAGAGACCAAUUAAACUGUAUUUUUGCAUUGUGUCUCGAGCCUUGAAAUCUAGUUUCAUCCAGUCGAACCAUUUGCAGUCCAAAUGAUUGAAAAAGGGAGAAAAUACUAUAACGAAAGCCCAAAGCUUCUAAAUGAGAUCAAGAAUAAACUAAAAACAUUUGAUAAUAUGCUGAGAACGUUCAAUUUAAACAUGAACUAAGUUAGAAUGUUCUUUGAUUAGUAAGAGAAGAAAAAGAAGAAAGCACUUUAAAGCAGAGGAACUACUGAUGAUUUAGAUCGAUUACUAGACGAUAUUGAAUCAAUGGAUAAUGCUCCUCAAGCGCAAUAUGUAGAGGAAAAAGGCUUUAGCAUUAGAUAGCAACUUAGGCACAAAAAAAAGAAUCUAAAAAAUAUCUAAAGGGAUAUUGAAAUCUUCGUAGUAGGAAAAUAAUGUAGUAUUGAUCUUAAUCAAGACAUACACUUCCUCUAUCUAAUCAGUGACCUUAUGGAUUAAAUAUCAAGACAAUCAGAUGAAGCCUGGCAAUUUAGAUACAUAAAUGAUGAUAAAUUCUAUUGGUAGAAUAGAGAUAAAUCAGUAAAAACAAGAAUAUAUCCAUUCUUAUCGAAUGUAUUGGAAAGGAUCCAAAUUUUAAAAACUUAAACAGAAAAUCUUAGAAAUGAUGAUAUCAAAAACUAUUUAAAAGAAAACUAAGCGAAUAUCAAGGAGACAACAGGAAUUAGAGGACUUCACACUUUUUCUAAAAUAAAAGAUGAAAGAGUACUCUUUACAAUGGAUGUUUUGAUUUAGUUUAUGAAAAAUAAAGAAAACAAACUUUACCUAGAUAAGCUGCAAGAAUAAAUUGAGGAGGAUGAAAAUUAUGAUAAUGUUAGUCAUGAUCUAAGACCAAUAUCAAUGUUUUUAGCUAACAGGUUAAGUAAAAACUAACUACUUGAUGUAAUUUAUUACUGUCCUUUCAACUUAGAUGUUAAAAAUAUGCAAGUCAUUCAAGAUGACUUAUCUACAAUUCAUCUCACAUUGCGGGGGAAAUCAUCUAGCUCAGAUUCAGCAUUUUCAUCUGAGGAGUCAUUUUCAAAUUCAAAUCCAAAUAAAAAAAAGCUUGAUCCGAGAGAAUUAUUACAGGCAAGAAGAUAAUAAUCAUCCUUUAGAAAUAAAGCGAAUAAUAGUAGUAAUAAUCCAAAUGACAAAAGCAAACUAAAGUCCUCUAAUAAUCUAGGAAACAUUUCAGGGUUGCCAAAGAAAGAGUCUCAUGAUGUAAGAUAGGCUAUGAGCAUUCUUCAUUAGAGAAAAUAGACAACAUAAAUGCUAAAUGAUUCAGAUGAUGAUACAAGGAGGGUAAGUAAAAGGAAAUCUGAUCUUAAGAUAGAUACAAGGUCUGGAAAGCAUGAUAAUCUUAAUACUGAUCAAAUCAAUCGCCAUAAAAAUUCUGAUGAUCCAUUUUAAAAGCAGCUUUCAAAGUUAGACAAAUUGAUAGAUGAAAGUGAUAGCAAGAAUUUAAAUAGAAGAAGGAAAUCUAGAUUACUUUAAAAAGUGGAAAGUUAUUUUCAUAAUAAAGCAGGGUCUAACUUUGAUUAGAGUAUGCUAUCCCCCAAAUCGUAAUUGUCAAAUAAUUCAAGAAAUGAAAAAAAGGAUUCAUAGUUAGGAGUAUUAUAAGUAACUUCUAUCUAAGAUACAUCUGGAGGAAGAAGGUCAAAAUUUUUUCAGGAAAAUUCCAAUAUUCAGCCAGAAGAAGAUUCAUUCAAAGCUUUGAAUUUUAAAUCAGUAGGAAUGCAGAGGAAAAAGCAAAAUACCAGACUAAAGCAAGCAAUAGAAGUUACAAACACUUCUAAUUCUGAGCCAAUUAACAUGAACAAAUUUAAAGAUAAUAUUUUGACUUUAAAAGCAACACCAAGGACAACAUUGCAGCUUUUACAGCUUAAGAACAAACUGUUAGAUGAGGAUAGACGAUUAUCUGCUAUUAAUAGAUUAAAACAUCUAUUAAGGGCAAAUGCUAUUAAACCUGAAAAAUUUGAAAGAAUGCUAAAAGUUUCUCAUGAUUCAGAUAUCGCUCAAAUAUUCAAAAGACUAUUGAUAAAAUAUGAAUUAGUAAGGAUCCUCAAAGAAAAUCCAAAUAAUCCAUCGUUGAUUAGGAAUCUGAAGAAAAAGAAACCUGCUAAUACCUUGCAAGAUUAGAAAGACGCUGCUGCUAUUAUUGGGGGUGGGAUAGCAUCACUACUUGGAAUUAUUGAUAAGAAAAAAUUCGAGUUGCAAAAGAAACCACUUUAAAAGUAAUAAGACAACGAUUCCUUCAGUAUUUAUGAUGAGGACAAUAACUUAAAGCCUUUUGAUUUUGAGAAGAUUGCAGAUGAAAAAUUUGAUGACUUAGAUAUUACACUAGAGUUUGAUAGAAUACUUGAGAAUUAUAGGCUAUUAGCAAAAGGAUAAAAAGGCCUAACUAGAUAGCCAAAAAUAGAAAGCCCUUAAAGCAACAAUAAUCCUGCAUUUGGACGUCGAAAUUCCAUUUUAGAUAUUGCUGGAUUAGUUUUCGUAAAAAAUGCCUAAGGAGGUUUUGCUAAGAAAGUCACUAUUAAGCGUAAGCCAACCAAGAAAGAUUCAUCAAUUAUGACUUUAGACAAAAAUAAUCUAAAUAGCUUGAAACUAAUCUAAAGUAGAAUUUAAGAUGUUGCGGCAUAGAUCUAAAGUCAAAUAAUAAAGGAGUAGGAUGAAGCACAAAGCCAUGAAAAUUCUCACUAAAGAAUAAAGGAUGGUGCUAAUCCACCAAUCAAAUAUAAUAAAAGCUAAUUUGGCUUCUUAAGACAUUUUAAAAAAACUUCUAGAAAAUCCAUUAUUGGAGGUGAAUUAAAGAACUAAGAUCUUGAAGAUGGGUUGUAGAGAUAGGAAACAAAGUCUGAAGGAGAUAAAAAAGAUCCAAACUAGUCAGUAUCUUCAUUUGUAUCUGAUACAGAAACAGAUUCAUCAUUUAAAACUGAUUCAGAGGGAUCUUAUGCAUCUGUGGGUAGCUAAAAGUCUAAAAGAAUGUAGAGAAGAAAACCGAUGAGAGAUACUGAGAACUUGACAGCGCAUGAGUUGAGAAAUCUUAAGCAUUAUGGUGGGGUUGAAAAGGUACAGAAACUAGAGGACUACUUUAAAGUAGGGCAAAGCUCAAAUAUAAAAUCAAAGGUUGAUAAGGAAGCAGUUCGGGACAUGAAAUUAAAAGAAAUAAGACUAAGAAGACAAGGAGAUUUUGAAGGAUCAAUUGAUAAAAGAGAAGAUGAUCAAAAUGAGAUGAGCCAAACUCCAAAAAAAUCAAAUGUAGGAAGCCCUAUCAAAAGAAAUUCACACUUAAGUCGGAGAUCAAGCAGUAAAAUUGGUGCCUAAAUAUUAGAUCCGAUCUAAAAUCAAAUUGAUUUAUUAAGACUUGACUCGCAGGAUAGUGAUGAUGUUCCUGAAGGGUAAAAGCACAAGAUCAGUGAAUUUUUAAGAGAAAAUGGUGGGAAAUAUUUAGAUAUGCUAGGGUUAAAUAGCAAAUUUUCAAGAAGAAGAUAAACUUUAAGGAAAGGCAGUUAGGAUUUCAAAUUAAACAUAGAUCAGAAAGAAAAUGUCAUUGAGGAGGAAAAUGAGACAGAGUCAAGUUUUGAUCUUGAAUAGUUCAAAAUCUUGUAGUUCUAUUAAAGUAUGACCUAAGGAAAUAGUCCAAUAGGGUUGUAAAAAGAAGAUCAAACCAAGAUAAACUAGAAAAAUAGACCAUUCAUUCAAUCUCUACUUAGAUUCAAAAAUAGCAAGAAGUAAUAAUCUGAUGAAAAUAAUUAAGGACAUAAUGUCAAUGAAUAAUAAAGUAAAACUCCAAGGCUUAUUAGCCAAUAAAAAAUCUUGAACUUUAAGAGUCACUUUAACAGCAUUAAAAAUAAAUGUAAUAAGUUUGGAUUAGAUACUCAAAUCUACGCAACUCAUGACUAAGAACGAUAAGAGAGGAUAGAGCCUUUAUCUCCACUCAGCCAAUAAGAUGAGGUGGAUGUAUUGGUUGAAAAGAAGAGAGAAAGCUUCCUGUUUUAUUGUCAUUAAUUUGGGAACCCUAAACAGCCACCACAUUUAUUCAAGUAUUAGGAGACAUUUUCAAAUAUGUAGCCUUUUCAUGUCUUGAGGAUGGGUUAAGCUCUAGGUUUGAUUAAGAGUGAUUAGAGGAAUGAAACUUAUUUACUAUGGAUUGCUUAAUAGCUUUUGGCUUUUGAAUUGUUUGGCAUUGAUGAUUCAGAUUUGAUUAGAUAUGAGGAUAGAAUUUAGAUGAUAAGAAACUCGAAGCACCCUGCUUUUGAAUAUAUUAAGCAUUUGAUACACUGGUAAAGGAAAUAUUUCAAUGAGAUGAUAUGCAAAUAGAUAGAUAGAAAUAAAUUUAAAAAGGAUUGCUCUUGGCUAGCUUUUACAGAGGAUGCAUUAGACUUCAAAUCUGAGGUCAAGAUUGGUGAAAGAGUGUAUUAUUAUAACUUCUACUACUAUCAAAAGUCUUUACUGUAGCCAGAUGAACUUACAAUAAAUUCUCCUAAUUCCUACUUAUUUGAAUCCUUGCAGACCUACCAAAUUGCAUAGACUAAAUAUACACAUUACCCUCUUACUUAAAGAGAUAGCAUAUAACAGGAAAAGUAAGACAGACUUUAGAUAGAAAGGACUUUUAAUUCAAGCAUCUUGAAAACUAUCAGCAGUAUACUUAUGAAAAGGUCAAAACGAAAUAGCAUAUAAAUAGAUAGAAAGAGCCCGGUGAAAAAAUUUCCUGAUCCAACUCUUCAUAAUUAAGAAGAGCUAAGUCCUAGCAAGAUUCCUCUACUUUAGAAAACUAAGUCUUAAAUAGUAUAAGUCAAAUGGAAUGGAAAGUCUAAACUUUAAUUAACAGAGAGAAAUUCUAUAAGUAGAGGGGUUGAUUCGUAAAUGAUGACAAUCGAUUCACUUCCAAAUCUACUUUACCAGAAGAAUUCAGUUGACUAAAGAUAGUUGGCAAUAGGGACGCCCUACACUGCAAUUACCUCACUAUAGGGGACUAAAUUAAACUCACGAGAUAAUAGCAGAGAAAAUCAUAGACGUAUCAGAUCUAUAUCAAUUAUGUAAAAUCUGUAACAAAUCAAUCAAUACUCUAAUCAUCAUAGACCAGAAACUACCAACCCUGAUAUGAUUAAAGCACAGAAGGAUAUGAGAUUAAUUAGCUAACAUAGUAAAAGAAAUUCUAUGAAUCAAUAGUAGUUUCCUAUAUAAAUACCUUUUACAAUGGCACCUAGGACAAGCAUAAGGAAAUUUAGACAAAAAUGA